AUGGAGCUGUUCCCUGCACAGCCAGACUUAUCUCUUCAAAUUAGCCCUCCAAACAGCAAACCCACAUCAUCAAGUAGUUGGAGGAGAAGUAGUAGAGAAGAGCAAGAGGAGGUGGAUUUGGGGUUCUGGAGGAGAGCCUUGGACUCCAGAACCUCCUUCUCCUCCUCAAUGGCAAAACCCGAUACCGGUUUCGAGCUCGAGCUCUCAAAUCCAAGGGUUUAUGCUCAUGGUCUCCAUCAUCACCACCACCAGCAUCAUCAGUCCAAUAUUAGCUCUAACCAUAUAAUCCACCACCUCAACCAAAAUGGUAAUGUUUUCCAGGGUUUUGAGCAAAACCAGUUCUCAGUCCCCCAAGUAAAUCAUCACCCACUAUUAAAUGUUCAUGACCAACAAUUACAAUUGCAAUCACAAUCACAAUCAGAUCAUCUUGGGUUCUUGAGGCCCAUUAGGGGAAUUCCAGUGUACCAAAACCCUCCCCCUAAUUUGUUCCCAUUUUCUUCCCAAAAGCCUUUGGACAGUAAUUCCUGUACUUCCACCUCCACAAUUACAAGCUCUUCAAGCCCACUAUUUCAGGCUCAAGGGGGUCUUCUCCGAUCCAGGUUCUUGUCCCGCUUUCCGGCGAAGCGCAGCAUGAGAGCCCCUCGGAUGCGCUGGACUACCACUCUUCACGCUCGCUUUGUUCACGCCGUUGAGCUUUUGGGUGGCCAUGAAAGGGCUACACCAAAGUCAGUUCUUGAGCUUAUGGAUGUCAAAGAUCUCACCUUGGCACAUGUCAAAUCUCAUUUACAGAUGUAUCGGACGGUGAAAACCACCGAUAAAGCAGCGCCCUCUUCAGGACAAUCUGAUGUGUACGAAAAUGCUUCAUCUGGGGACACCACUGAAGACAUAAUGCUUGACCUUCAGAACCCAAGAAGGUCUUGUGAUCAGCUCUCACCAGCUCAGCAGCAGGGAUCAAGAUCCACUCCUCAGGUUCAAGAUAAUAAAGAAUACUAUGGCCUCUGGAGCAACUCUUCAAGCAGAGAAGCUUGGUUGCAUGCAAACACAAAGGAUUCUUCUGCACCUGCAAAUUUACCAUCUCUUGAUGAUCAGGAGAAGGAAGACAUGAUGGAUCCAAAAGGCUUGAGUUAUGAGAGAAUAUCAGAUGUAAGCUCCUCAACAACAAACAUUUCUGCAGGGACAAGAAGCCCCAGGAAGCCCAAUUUGGAGUUCACUUUGGGCAGGCCACUUUGA